AUGAUUUCUUUAUUCAAAGCUUUCUUAAUAUCUCUUCUGAUAUGCUCAACCUCUGCUGCUGAUUCAGAAACUUUUGGCUCAUUGGCUAUUAAACCUGUUGAUUAUGAUAAAUAUGGAGAAACUAUUGAUUUAAAGCUAAUAAGAUAUUUAGAAGAUGGUACUGUUUAUUUCUUUGUUGAUCAACAAACAAUUCCAAAAGAUACAAAGACUUUCAGAAAUGCUACAAUUUUGAGUUCAGGACAAUUAGCAAAUCAAGAUGGUAAUUCUUCAUCGCCAGUCUACUUACAAAUUGAUGAGACUUCAGGUCUGGUUUCUGCUGGUACUAAUAGUGGUGCAUCAAGCGGUGUUUUUUCUAUUGAAGAUGGUAGUUUAUAUUUCCAAUAUCAUAAGAUUUUUGUUGCAUGUCAAGGUGGAUCUGAGGCACAAAACUAUACUUUAAUUUGGAGAGGUGCUUCUUCUCCAGCAGUCUGUGAAAACGAUUGGUUAUUAGUUUAUAUGAAUCCAUAUGGAACAUCAUCUAGUGUUGCUGAUUAUUACCCAGAUAAUUAUGUUAGUUCAAUCGCUUCCACUGCAAGUGAUAGCACUGAAACUUCGACAAUGACUGCUGCUGUUUCAGCCACUGAAUCUACAGUAUCUUCAGUCAAUGGUGCUGGAUUGAUUAAUCCUAUAGGUUCUGGUGCUACCGUUCUAUCAGGUUUAUCUUUAUUAACAAUAGUGGUGAUGAGUUUGAUCUACUAA